CGCUAAUACUUAGGGUUGGAGGGACAAAAGAACGAGGCCGAGGAUAAGUAGUUUCCUGCUUAGAGGGUCUAGGGUAGCCCUUUGCCUGGCCAUAGAGGGUGAAUGUAUUCCUGAUCCGUGUAAUUCUGGAGACCCCGAGAGAUCCCCUGCCCCACAUCUUCUGGAAGCUGCUGAUUCUGCCCAGAUCCGUCGGAGCCCGGGACUCCCAGGCCCCUGUGACUGUGGGCAGCACGCCCGGACCCUGUGGUACGACAGACCCAAGUAUGUUUACAUGGAGUUUUGUGUCGAGGACAGCACCGACGUGAGUGUACUCCUUGAAGAUGACCGCAUUGUGUUCAGCUGCAGGAACGGCGACGGAGUGGAGCUGUACAACGAGAUUGAGUUCUAUGCCAAGGUGAACUCCAAGGACUCCCAGGAUAAGCGCUCUGGUCGCUCUAUUACUUGCUUUGUGAGGAAAUGGAAGGAGAAGGUGGCUUGGCCACGGCUCACCAAGGAGGAUAUCAAGCCGGUGUGGCUCUCUGUGGACUUUGACAACUGGAGAGACUGGGAAGGAGAUGACGAGGUGGAACUGGCUCAGGUGGAGCAUUAUGCGGAGCUUUUGAACAAGGUCAGCACUAAGAGACCUCCCCCUGCCAUGGAUGAUCUGGAUGAUGAUUCUGACAGUGCAGACGUAACAACUGAUUAGCCUUCUGUGACAGCAGAGCUGGGGAAGAGGCUGUCCGUGCUGAAAGCAUCAUGGGCCAUCACCAACUAUUUUGUUAUGCAUCAAAAUCCACUGAGACCUCUGAACUUUUCCAGAAGCCCUUUUCUUUUUCUUUUUUCUUUUCUUUUCUUUCUUUUUUUUUUUAAGAUUUAUUUAUUUAUUAUGUAUACAGUGUUCUGUCUGCAUAUACACCUGCAUGUCAGAAGAGGGCACCAGA